GGCGAACUGUGGGUGAAGUACUCGGGACCUCCGAAUCAGGUAAGACCGCUGUUACGGGCCAAGUACCGGGAACCUGCCAGGGUCGCUGUCCGUCCCAGCGGCUCAGUUCGCCUCUGGCUUGUCGGAGAUCCCAAGCAGUGAAACCUGACAACCACGAAACCAAUGCCCUCUGCCCCUGUUUUCCUGCACACAGCACAGCGUCUUUGUCUACCUUGUUCAUUCGGGUAAAGAUCGAGAAAAUUGGGCUCUGACCACUCCCUCGAGUCUGGUAAAGUCUUACGACUCGAAGUCCACGCCGCCAUCGUCAGACCGAACCCACCGUCGACCACCACGGCACGCCGUCACAUGCAAAUAGCCUCUCUCACGAACUCCCGACCCGGCGUUUGACAUUUCCAGGACGGACGCAUACGAUCCGAGCAGUCGGCAGCUCCGUGAGGGCAUGUCCCCACGAUGCAGCUCUCUCCGCUGCAGUCGCGAUUCGCAGCCUCAGCCAUCGCCACGGUUGUCCUGAUCAUCGUAUACUUCACCCUCUUUCCACCACAAUUCGCCUUCGCCGAGGAAACAAGCCAUGUCUCGCCCGUAGUUCUGGAUGGCUCGGCCGGGUUAGAACUAGCGGACACGGAUUCGGAGACAAUAGAGCUCGUGUACGAGCCAGAGUUCGAUGCCUUCGACCGGAGUAUACUUGGGGAGGUCACAAAAAGGGAUACAUUGUCCUUGACGAACAACGUUCCCAACCAGAUGAACCUCGUUUCCGGCCAGACUCUAGUCUACGUGUUCCAAGGCUCGCAGCUGUCCAGUGCACAGGAUGCUGCGGCGUUAGAACUGCGAGCUGAGGCCGAGACGUCCGAAGGGGAAGAGGUGGAUGUCUUCGCAGACCUGUACGAACAAGACCAGUUGCCCAAACGGGCCACCGCGACUAUGGUCUAUAUUUCGGCGAAUACGUGCCUGCAACCCACGGGUAACUCGACGUCGUCCGGGCCCCCACAAUUGACGCUUUAUGUGUCCAACUCGACGGACAACACAUCCCCGGGGCCGUUGGCUGAUGCAAGCAAACAGGAGGUCGUGCCGUUCACGGAGGGGGCGGUUAUGUUCAAUCUCACCGCCUCGGAUGAUCUUUACAUGGGUGUCUCUGCGAGUAAUUAUUCGGACGACUUCUCGGGGAUAUACAACUUCCAGAUCGCCGCGUCGGUCGACAUGUGGUAUCACAGCUACAAUGAGUCCAUGAGUGACGAGCUGUUUUGGGUGGACAGCGAUACGACUUCGGUUCUUCUUAUGACGCAGAACCUCACUACCACCCGAGACAAGGGCACAGAGGAACAGCUUAUGGAGUCGAGACCAUAUGUCAUGUUCGCACAGAACGACGCCGUCCCUUCCAUUAACGGUAUGAGGUACUCGUACUGUGGCUUAGACAACUAUGCUCAGAUUGCUGCUGUUAGAAACGGCAAGGAAACAACUCAGAUAACCACAGGCAUAACCAGGCGAGGCGCAGGAGGGCAUCCCAAGCAACAAUUCUACUUUAGCGGCCUGAAUGCCAGCUCAAAGUACCAGGGCAUUCUGGCAAGGAAUGCAAACGCCACGACGGAUGUCAACGUUCCAGGAGGUGGUGGUCACGUCUUGCGAGCCACUACCUUUGAAACAAAGUCGACCGGUGGCAACUGCGCACUCGUCUUCAAUCUCACCUUCUGCGACCAGGUGGCCUACGCCGUGCCCAGCAACAACAUCACCUUCCCCAACACCACGCUAUUGGGGGAAUUUUACGACCAGUAUGCGCAGUCACUCUGGGAUGGCUUCAACAAGUCGCUCCAGCAGAUUCCGUGCGAGGCGCCCAACGAGCAGCAGUACUCUCUGGUGCGCAACUGCUCAACAUGCGCGUCGGCGUACAAGAACUGGCUGUGCUCCGUGACCAUACCGCGUUGCGAAGACUUCUCGGCGACAAGCCCCUGGCUGCAGCCGCGGGCGAUCAACGAGACCUUCCCGGACGGCUCCCGCCCGGCGCCAGACCUACUGGCCCCCUUCGCCGAGUCCCAGAACCAGAUCAGCUUUCAGCGCAGCCGCAACCCUAUCAUCGACGAGACGGUCAAGCCUGGCCCGUACAAGGAGGUACUCCCGUGCGAGGAGCUGUGCUACGAGCUGGUGCAGAGCUGCCCGGCCUCUCUCGGCUUCGCGUGUCCGCGCCCGUGGAUGACCGGGUUUAGCGAAAGCUACGGCCGGAGGAGCGAACUCAACGACCAGGGUAACAUCACUUGCAACUACCCCGGUUCAUUCCACUUCUAUGAUGCGGCUCCGGGCCUGGCUGUGCCGUGGCUCUUGGCAUCGGCACUCUUCUUGUCUGCCACCGCGGCUGUUUUGUAGUGGGUUAGCAGAGUUCCAUGGUAGACUCCGGCCCGCAAGGCAGUCUGGGCUAGUGAUGAGAUAGGCAGACCACCAUUUGAAUUAUACUGGCGCCGUCUGCCCUCUAGUGGCAUCACAUUUUGCGCAGCAUGAUCGUAUACUACAGAAGUCCAACAGAGACGGGAUGGCAGCAUCUGAAUGACUCUGCGGCAGAGCAAAAGGCAUUCCAAAAGCUUCUUUUCUCAGCUUUGGUUUGCUGGUUGGUUUUUGCUUCGCAUAAUGAUUGGGUAUCUAAUAAGGACCAGCAGGCGUUAUCAAGCCACAGUGCGAUAUCUAUGGCUACAAAGAAGACAAGAAAGAACAAGACAAAUCGCUAUGAACGUAGGUGCAAAUAACACGCGUCUUACUCGUACGAAUAACACAGGAGGCUGUUCUUGGUCGUCAUAACGUCGUCGACAGUGACGUUGUCCCCCACGCCCAGGAACGUCAGCCUGUCAGUCAGCAUGGCCUGCUCCGCCGUGUCCACUUGUGUCGGGUCUGUCACUAGGUCCCUGUUGCCCCCAAAGUCGACAUCACGAGCGGACGGGUCCGCCUGCUGCCACAACCACCACAGCCUAUCGACCUGGGCGUGGUGCAUGAAGAACAGUGGGUCGUUGGGCGACGUCCCCGGGAUCAUGUCACCGCCGAUAGCAUUGUGGAUGGCGCCGUGGGGUCCGUUCUCGAGGGCGCGCCAGAAUGUGACAAAUUCGGUGCUGGAUCCCGUCAUGUUGGCAACAAAAGUCGGCGUAUAGUAGUACGCCGACAUAUUUGCACCGCGCUCAGGGUGGUCCGGGUCCCCGAAGCCGUCGGCGAAGUCCCGGUUCAGGCAGUGUGGCCUCAUCGCGCCCGAGUAAUACGCCACCGUGAGGUCGGCGAAGGCGCCGUCGGGUACACACGAGGUCAGCGGGUUCGGCCGGGAGGGCGAGACGAAGCCUCCCGGGCCUGUACCGCCAAACCCGGUUUCGGCGGACCCGGAGAGCAGGGGGGAAUCGGGCAGGUGGCCCGCGUCGAGGGUCCAGUCCCAGUAGGGCAUGGGAAAGGAGAGGCCGCAGUCACCCUGAAGGGUUUGUUCGUAGAUGUGGAUGAACCACCUAUGCCAGGGGAGGAAGGAGGCUACGAAGUGGACUGUGGUUUGGGAUUUUGUCAGUGAGGGUGUGACUUUGAGAGAGACUUGAGGACAUCGUGGCUGACUUUUACGGUUCAACUCGUUGUGUACGUAAGGGAAGUCAUCGUAUAGUGUUGUGGUCAGGUUCAGCCUCGACGGCUUAGUGGCCAGACAUCUGACGGCCGAGAUAUACUCUUCCUGCUCGGCCGUGUUCAGCGAACGCCAUUCUCUUCGUUGGCCAGGCUUAGUGCAGCUCUUGGAAACUACUCUAUCUCGAGCAAUCAAAUCUUUCGUGCUCAGGUCUCGAGGAUGUUUGUGGGGUGUGUGUGGGAUCUGGUGGUGGAAGUCGUUGAAGGGAAUUGCUCGGCUUGUCUCUAUCAGAGACGAGAAAGCCUGGGCUACGAUAGACUUGGACACCCACUGGGUGAACAACAUGGCGAGUAGGUGGUAUCCAGAAAGGAGGGUCUAAUGAGUGACUACCUAAGUAGACAACGAGGGGCGUGCGGAGUUCUCACCACGCAGUUGAGGGUACACAUAUAUGUUGUAUAUAUUUCCCCCCUUCUACUCAUCACGAAGUCUACUAAACGUAUGCUCAAAGGGUAUGGCCGAAAUUGCCAGGUCCCAAAAGGCAACCGUCCAUCAUCACCACAUGGCCACCUGGGCAGCUAGGAUUGAUUGAUGGCUCUUGACUCGCAACUGUUGAGUGCUCGGAAAUAGAAACGCCAAGGAUCUGGAACGAACUCC